AUGAAAGUGCUGUUGAGAAGCAAUGCCGAUGUCAAUGCUCGUUGCAAAGAUAUGUUAACUCCACUUUACCUGGCUGUACACGAAUCUCAGACCGAAGCGGCUAAGUUAUUGAUGAAUUAUGGCGCCGACAUCAAUCUCGAAUUCAAAACCCAAGAAACUAUACUUAGCUUAGCUGUUUCAAAAGGAUUAUCCUUAAUAGUCAAAGAAGUUCUUAAAUACAGCCCAGAUAAAAAUAAUGCGAGCAACAAAAGUGUACUUGCAAUUGCAGCAAACAAAUUGGAAAAUGACUAUUUCGAAAUUGCUAUUGUUCAAGACCUUAUGAAAUACGGUUUUUCUGUUGAUCAGAAUGACGUUGUGAUUUUAAUUCCAAGAGCCAUCAAAGCUUCAUAUAUUUACAUUUUACAACAUAUUUUUGAUCAUGGACUUCAUUUGUUAUGUUAUGAGGAUGCCAAUUGUAACUUCCUACACAAAAUGUUGAGAUAG